AUGGAGACAUUUGAGCCCUCCAGCUUUUGUGUUUUGUGUGUGGCAGGCUCCAGCACCUGUGGCCUGGUGCAGUGCUGCCCUGUAUACACGAGGUGUUGUGUUCACGUGCUGUUUGUCUCUCUCGCCUCUCCCUGCAGCUAUAACGGUGGCCUGUGUGUGGACGGGGUGAACUGGUUCCGCUGCGAGUGUGCCCCAGGCUUCGCCGGACCUGACUGCCGGAUCAACAUAGAUGAGUGCCAGUCCUCUCCGUGCGCCUACGGUUCCACGUGUGUGGACGAGAUCUACGGGUUCCGCUGUGUCUGUCCCCUGGGCCGCUCCGGGCCUCGCUGCCAGGAGUUCAUAGGGAUAGGGAAGACCUGCCGUCACUCAGGCCUGCAGUUUCCUCAUGGCAGCCGCUGGGAGGAGGAGUGUAACACCUGCCAGUGCGUCAACGGCAACGUGCGCUGCUCCAAGGUGCUGUGUGGCCGGCGGCCCUGCCUGCUCCAGAGAAGCCCCCCAUCCCCGGACAGCGCCCCCUCCUGUCAGGGAAGUCACGAGUGCGUGGAACACCAGUUCCUCACCUGCUUCUCUCCGCCCUGCCACCUGUGGGGUGUGUGCUCCACGCCCGACCCCGCGCCCCCGCUGCACACCAAGUGUGAGCCCAACAGUGGUUACCUGGACAACAGCUGUGCUCGGAUCACCCUGAUCUUCGACAAAGACAAAGUGCCACAAGGCACAACUGUGGAGAACAUCUGUUGGGAGCUGAGGUACCUCCCUGUUACCCAGACCCUGGCUAAAGACCGCUCGCUCCUCAUUCUCUGUGACCUGUCCAACUCCAACAGAGAUGCCGUAGAGGUUGCCAUGUCCUAUGAGGACGAUGCCCGUGCGCUGGAGGCCAAUCGUGCGGACAUCCAGGAGGCCGCCAGCGCCAUCAUCAGUGCCCUCUCCAAGCGCCACAACAGCACCCUCAUGCUGGCUGUGGUGGAGGUCAAAGUGGAGACGCAGGUCAUGCCCCAGCCUGUCGACUACCUGGUCCCGGUGCUGUGCGUGGUGUUCAGCGUGCUGUGGAUCCUCUGCAUCGUGGUGUGCGUGCGGUGGAGCCGCAAAAGGAAGAAAGAGCGCGAGAGGGUGUCCGCCGCUGAGAACGGCACGGUGAACAACCAGCUCGAGACGCCGUGGGCCGGCCAGGCGCUGCUCAAGGACAACCGCGACAAGGACGUCCAGUACGAGUGUAAGAAACUCAUGAGCCCCGCCGACAGGACGUGUGACGGGGCGGACGGGGAGGAGGAGGACAGGGACGAGGAGGUGGAGGGGCAGGGGAGAGGAGGCCUGGAGCUGGAGAAGGGCCUCUCCCAAAAGUGCCCCGUGCCAGGGGGGCAGGACAAAGGGUUGGGGAAAGGAGAGGUGAUCUGCACCAGCCGCAGCGCCCCAGUCAAAGCCCCCCAUCGGACUGCCUACAGCCCCAAGGACAACCGCUGUAAAAACCUUAAUGCUGCCAACGUCGCGGAGGACGUCAAAGAACAUUACGUAUGAGCGGGACACGUCUCCGUCAAACAAUGAGAACCAGAAGUGAAGAUUACAGAUGCUUUUAUAAACGUUUUAUUCAACUUUUCUUCUUUUUUUUCCCGUCUACAAUGUCGUGGCUUCUUAUUUACAAAAGAAACGGACUUGACGGCUAAGAUUAAAACUGCUCCUGAUUUCAGUUGAAAACCACACUGUUGGAAACAAAAAGAGUAAACGCUUUGGCUACUUUCUGUUUUUUAUUUGUUUACAAACUGUUGUUGUUUUCAAAGGGGAAAGAUCUUUUCCACAAUGUCAUCUAGAAGAUUCUGUAUCACGUGACUUGAGCACUGCCUUUGGAGGACUAUAGUUAUGGGCCGCUCGCUUCACAUCUGCCUUAACCCACACACUGGGCCUUUUCUAUGCUUUCCUGCCGUAACGUAAUUUUCUAAGUCAAAUGAUGUAAACAGAUUUUGUAUUUUAAGUCCUUAAACAGCUGAUGGAAACCGUACAUGCCACCUGACAGAAACAUUUGUUUACAUCCAUAAACAUGUUUAACCAGGACAUGUAGACGCUUCUAAAGACCUAAUGUAUAUCCUUUCAGCAUGUGUUUAAAACUUCCUUGGAGCCCAUGCGAUCAUUUCAGUAUUUGCUUUGGUAGAAAGUGCCUUAAGCCCUACGUUUUAUUUUUUCUUAAAUUUCAUUCAGAGUUAUCCAGAACUUAAAAUUCAUAUAAAGGGAAGUCUGUCCUAAACAACUAUUCAUACCACCAUAAAGGUAUUUCUUUGCUAUGUAUAUAUGUAAAUAUGAAAAUGGCUUUGUAUAUUUGAAUUUAGUAACUUAAGUGACCCUUUGUAAGAUAGGUAUUCUAAAAAGUAAGAAUGUUUUUUUUUUUUAUGAUGUCAUUCCGUUUAUUUGUGUCCAUUGACACAAGGCAGGUUUUAUACAGAUUAUGGAUAAUAUCCAGGGUCCCACUUAGUUCACCAGAGCAUUGACAUACACACAUUAUAAGUGGUUGUUUUGUGUUAUAUCUUUCUGUUCCAACAUCAAGAGUUUUCUCAGUGAAUGCUGGCUCAUUAUCUCCCAUUCACACUACUGCUGUAUGUUAACACUAGAAUGUCCAAUUAGAAUGCAGGGACGGGCCAACACAUGGAAAGGUCGCUUUAGUCUGACACGGGAUCCAAGGAUGCAAGCAGGUUUUGGCCAGGGAUGUGGAUGCUGGAGACUUGUUUCUGUGGAGGAGUGAUGUAACCCGGUCUUGUAAUGGCCCAACUAAUGCUUAUAAGUUCUGGUCUAAUGAAGGGAACAAGUUAUAUUGUUGUUGAUGUUGCAGUUGUUGUGGUUGUUGUCCAGUGUUUGUACUGAUUCUGUUUCUGCACUAUGACAGAGGAAGAGAACCCAUCUUGCAUUACCUCUGAAGUGGUAGUGAAAAUUAAUCUGGUGUAUCUCUGCAGUUUAACAUUGUUAUUCGUGGACAAAAAUUAUGUUUUCAAUUUGUUUUAAUGAUGCAAAAUAAAGGAUUACAAUAUAACGACCCAUAUCCAUUCAGCAGAUCUUGCUAGCCCAGCACAGUGGGCUGAAUGUGCACAACAUUGUAAUUAUUUUGUACAAAAGAGCAGUUGGCAAAGUCUUGGUUUGUUGGUGAAUUUUUUGUUUGUUCUUAGAAAAAUCCUACUAUUUAUUAAAGUAUUUUAUACCAA